UUCGAGAUUUUAACGCACUUUUGUGUGCUUACCAUCUGUGGAAAUAAUGGGCGUGGAAGUUGUGGAAUCUAAGUUGCCCCAUGUUUCUGGGGAAACUGCAGGUGAAGAAAACAGUUAGUUGAACGAAAAUGGGAAAAUAAGCAACGUAAUGGGGCUUAGCGAACCAAUAACAUUUGGAUCCCGUGGUAUGGAUGAACCGGCGAAAGGGGAAAAAAAUAAAGCUGCUGAAGUCAACUUCCCCAAGGAUGCAGUUGAUGAAUGGCCUGCACCUAAGCAGAUACAUUCUUUUUAUUUUGUAAAGUAUAGGUUACAUGAAGAUCAGAAACUCAAAGUCAAAUUGGAUCAGGCUGACACUGGGCUACAGAAGAAGAAUCAAGCCCGAUCCCAGCUCAUUGAAAAACUAAGGAAACUGAAGGCUGAUCGAGCACAAAAGAUUGGUUUCUUAAAGGGUUUAAAUAAAGAGAAUAAGCAGUACAGGGACUUGAUAGAUGAGAAGAAAAAGGAAAGGGAACCCUUGCAGCAGGCUUUGGGCCAGUUACAUGGAGGAAGAGACACGGGAUCUGGUAUAUGUUCGUCUGAGGAAGAACUUAAUCAUCGCAUCCAUCUGGUGAAUUUUCAGUCCUGACAAGUUUACACCAUCAGCAGCUGGCAUAGGUGCAUAUACAAUUGCUUCAGCAUUUGGUAGUGAAGCAACCUCUUCCAGAAAGACUACCAGAAAGAGCCGUUGCCUUCCAUUGCAUUCUACUGAUGUUCAGACCUUCUUUUAUGCAUUAGUUUCAUUUACACCCCUUCAAGUUUCAUUCUUGUUAAAUUCCCUACUUUUUCUU